AUGUCUGAAGCAAUUGCUGUUACGAAUGUUAAUUCUCCGGUAGCCGGAUCUUCUGCUAUUUCUGAGAAAAAAGUUGCUGCUAAAAAAGCUGUUAAGCCAAAAAAGCCUUCAGUCGCUCCUACUCAUCCACCAACUCAACAAAUGGUUGAUGCAUCAAUUAAGAAUUUAAAGAACGUGGUGGCUCAUCACGCAGUGGCGAAAAAAGAAGUGAAAGAAAAACGUGUGAAAAACGAGAAAAAAGUGGAAACAAAGCGAAAGGAUACAACUGGAUCUAAAACGGAAACCAGCUAA